GAGGAGCUUCAAAGAAAUAUUUCAAACGCCUCUACGUCUGAUUUCCAACUUUCCCCCUCGAAAUAUUCGCUCGAUAAAGAGCACGAAAAUAUACCGGAUGCACGCCGUAGCAUUGCGAGCUCUUCGCACGCAUAGAAACCCUCUCUCGCGACAGACAUGCCGAAUCAUCGCAGGCUGCAGGUAUCCCCCUCCUCGGCGCACCUUCCAUCGUUCAGCAAUUUCCUACAGUACACCUGAUGACCCAGCAACUCCGGAAAACGAUAAAGAGGCAAGAGCAGGCAUAGAGGAUAUUCCACGGAUACCUGAAGAUGGAGAACAGGGAACCUCAGCGGAUGUUCCUCAAAUUCCCGUGGAAGCAGAGUUAGAGAAUCAAGUGGCAGAAGAUUCUAUACAGCCAGUCGAAAAUGCAGACCCCGAGCAAAGGUCUCGGGGAAGACUGUCGGGGAGAACCUUAAGAGCAAAUCGACAAAAACAACCGGAAGGUCUGCCACCGAUAAUACUGCCGGAUUGGUUUUGGAAUAAUGUCAAACUGGUCGAGGAACUACCGCAGAUAGGCUCACUCGCAGUUUACUAUGGCGGCAACGUCCCAGAAUUUGUUGAAAGUUCGCUAGGCCCCGAAGCGACAGAGAAGAUGAGUCAUGCAAUUAAAUCUAUCGUUGAAUGCGACCUCCCUCCCACCGAGAAAGCAAGGUACAGCAUGCAUGUUGAUGUUUACAAAGAAAUAUUGGCAUCCAUCAGAGCCGGACUGAAGUUGCGCCCUUCACAGGCUGUGUUAGAUGGUAAAAAUAUCAUGAGACCAAUUCUCCAUUUGCAAUGCCCUAAAGACGGAGGAACGUUAUAUCUAGACUCUGUCGUGGAGACCAUUUCGACUAAACUAGGAGCUGAUCUUAUACGUUUGGAUCCAGUCGAUAUAGCCCAAAUUCUAGGGCCAUACAUCGAUGAGAACCUAGCCUGGACGGGGUCGAAAGCAUCUCUUUUGGGUUACGAAACUUCUAGAAUGGCGGGCAGGCUGGAGGAUUAUGAGAAAGAUUCAAGCACGGUUCCUGAAGACAUUGAGGGGGUUGAGGAGGAAGAAUUGGCGGGCAUGAGUAAAAAAGCUGGUCCCGCAAUUGCUUUCACCGCGUCGAAUUCUUCCGAGGCACAGAAAAAGCUCUCGGCAAUUUUUAGCCGGUUAAAGGGGGCCCUUACCCCGGCAGCGGAGAAUAACAGGCGCUCCUCAGAUGUUGUGAUGCCAUUUGCUACUUUCGCCGACCCGAACUUUUCGGCUUCCAGCAAUGCCAAUUCGUCCUUUGGUAACGUGAAAUCUAACGCUGAACAGUGGAACGAUCUGAAGACUACGGCUUUACUUGAGUCAUUAGUUGCUGGCGCCGAUUCAAAACGUGCAUCAGAGUCUUCAGGUGCGGAUGCAACUAAUACCAAAGAUCUCAUCAUACAAGUUCGUGAUUACAAGGAUUUAACUAGAACAUACGAUGGCUACAAUAUUAUUGAUAAAUUGCGGACGGUAGUCACCAAACGCUGGCAGUCUGGACGAAAUAUAAUUAUGGUUGGAACAAGUUCCCUGGAACAAGGAGAAUCCGAGCUCUCAUCAGCAGGUAUUCAACAUCUUCAAUCAGACAUAGUUGAGGGUGAGAAAAGAACUAUAUUUGUCCCACCAGACCGAAGAUCGGAACAAGAUACAGUGUUCGAAUCGGACGACAAGUUACGCAUCCGAAAUUUGAACAUACGGCAUGUUGAGGAUAUGAUUACAAAACUCUCGGGGGAUACGCCAGUAACUGUAGAUAUAGAAAAAGAUCUCGACGUCGCUUGGGUGGUAUCUGCUGGUUUAGACGAUGCAGUUUGGCAUUACGCUCGCGUACAAAGGCUUGCAACGACUAUUCUAGGAUUAGAAAGCAACCCAGAGAUUAUAGAUGGGCCAACAUUCUGGAAAGCUCAACAGCUGCUCUCCGAAAGUGACAAUGCCAAGUUUUCUUGGGGCGCGGCAGAGUUGAAAGAGGAAGAUAAUGAUGUGAACAAGAUGCUUGAUGAGAUCAACGCUUCACCGAAAAAGACAGAUAUCAAAGAAAAACUCAAGCAAAUUCGAAAAACGUGCACUCCUCACGAGAAAAAGCUGCUCGGGGGUGUCGUCAUACCAUCGGAUAUUCAUACCAAGUUCGAAGAUGUUCACGCUCCAAAGGAGACUGUAGAGGCACUAAAAACAUUGACCAGUUUGUCAUUGAUACGUCCAGAGGCUUUUACUUAUGGUGUUCUUGCUACUGAUAAAAUGCCUGGUUUGCUCUUGUAUGGACCUCCUGGAACCGGUAAGACCUUAUUGGCCAAAGCAGUAGCGAAAGAGAGUGGUGCAACAGUUCUUGAAAUCAGUGGUGCUGAAGUGAACGACAUGUAUGUUGGUGAAGGCGAAAAGAAUGUCCGAGCGAUCUUUUCACUAGCCAAGAAACUUUCACCCUGUGUUGUGUUUAUCGAUGAGGCAGAUGCUAUAUUUGCUGCCCGCGGUGACACUAAACGCUCAACUGCCCAUAGAGAGAUGAUUAACCAAUUUCUACGAGAAUGGGAUGGCAUGAACGACUUAUCUGCCUUCAUCAUGGUCGCUACCAAUCGACCAUUCGACCUCGAUGAAGCUGUACUGCGCAGACUGCCUCGAAGACUUCUGGUCGACCUGCCUGUUGAAAAGGAUCGCGAGUCUAUUCUCAAGAUCCACCUCAAAGAUGAGGUCAUCGACCCGUCAGUCUCUCUCGCCGAACUUGCGAAAAAUACACCCUUUUACUCUGGAUCGGAUUUAAAGAACCUUUCGGUCGCAGCUGCAUUGGCAUGUAUCAGGGAAGAAAAUGAACUUGCCACUAAGCAUGAAGGCGACACCCCUUACACAUACCCCGAGAAACGUAUCCUCACCAAGCAACAUUUCGACAAGGCAAUGGAGGAGAUUAGCGCAAGUAUCAGCGAGGAUAUGAGCACGCUCUCUGCAAUCCGCAAAUUUGACGAGAAAUACGGCGAUAGGAAGGGAAGAAGGAAGAAGAGCGCUGGAUUGGGCUUCGGUGGUACGUCAGUUCCCGAAAAGGAUUCCGAAGCAGGGAGAGUCAGGAAAUCACCAGUGGCGGCGUAGAUACAAGAGCAUAUAUUUCAGUACAGUUAGAGGUACAUAUGGCUCGCAUUUGGGGCUUUGCAUCGGCGGCGUGCAUAUCAUAUUCACGAAUUGCAUGAUAGGGCGUCACGGUCAUUGUAUAAUAUGUGGCUGGGAAGGUAAAUGCUUUGUUACGCGUAAUUUUGUAGCAAUAAACUAGAUUAUGACUUUAUGUUACUGUCUUUUUCGACGAUGAAUUGUGUAUAACUUUUAUCGACGGUACUGCUUGAACAAGUGUUCUUUCCAUGAUGGUACCUUAGAUGUAUUAAGUCACAAGCACAACAAUGAAAACCAGAAAAUUCAGUAUAAAACAACGGAUUCAGGCAUUGUGUCCAAAAUUCACUUCUAUUCCUAUCCUAGGCUCAAGGAGAAUGUAGAUAAUCGAUCAUAUCUACUCGAAUGCUUCUUCUCUCGCUCCUGGCUCAGAAUACAACCUAUUAAAUACUUCCUCCA